GUAAACUCGUGCGUCUCAACAACUCACCCCCCUGUGAAGAUAAAGAAACAAAAAGCAAGAGAUUACGAAAUGAUAUUAUGAUUAGAGUUUCAAAAUAUUCCUAGUGAUUAUUUGACUUCCGAAGCAAGCUGUCAGAUGAAUUAUUGGUGCUGUUUUUGAAUCAGAUUCAGCGAAAAAAAAGUGUUCUCUUCCAUGGAUUGUUGAAAGGGGUGUGCAUUUUAUUUUAUGGAGGCUCGAAACUCCUAUUCUGAUCAUCCGCAGAUAUAGUUUAAUUGUGUGAGAAAUUUAAAACUGUUAACAAUUUCAAAUGGCUUGGACUAAAUACCAAAAAUUAUUAGCACUUUUGAUGGUGAUCACAGGUUCCAUUAAUACAUUGGCUACUAAAUGGGCUGAUAUGUUAUCUUCUACUAAUAGCGUUGGAGAAUGGAAGCCAUUUAAUCAUCCUUUCCUACAGGCAAGUGGAAUGUUCUUAGGAGAGUUAUCAUGCUUAUUGGUUUUUAAGUUAAUGGUAUGUUGGUCAAAAAGAAAAGCUCUCCAUAAUGAAUAUACUGAAAUUGGUGCUUCAAAGUUUAAUCCUGUGAUAUUUCUUGCACCUGCACUGUGUGAUAUGACUGCAACAUCUCUUAUGUAUGUUGGUUUGAAUCUCACAUAUGCUUCUAGUUUCCAAAUGUUAAGAGGGGCUAUUAUUGUGUUCACUGGACUUUUGUCAGUAGCUUUUCUCGACAGACAGCUGAAGAAAUUGGAAUGGUCGGGUAUAUUUGUUGUGAUCCUAGGCUUGUUAUGCGUUGGCCUUUCUGAUGUUAUUUAUCCAAGCAAAACCAAUGACUACAGUCCUAACAGUAUUAUAACGGGUGAUUUGCUCAUUAUAAUGGCUCAAAUCAUUGGUGCUACACAAAUGGUUGUAGAAGAAAAGUUUGUUUCCAAAUACAACGUACCACCUUUGCAAGGUGUUGGUUGGGAAGGUUUUUUUGGGUUUACAAUAUUGACAAUUCUUCUCAUACCUAUGUAUUACAUUAAAGUUGGUCAUAGCAUUUUCGAUAAUCCUCAUGGAAGUAUGGAAGAUGCUAUAGAUGGUCUCAUUCAGAUGCGCAAUAGCUGGCAAGUCUCCACGGCUGUUGCAG